UGCAGCCACAAAAAAAUUGGGAUAAUCCCACGAAAGGCUCACAAAAAUCCACGCAUUGAGCGACAAAUCUUUUUCCUCAAUCCUAAACUCCAAUGGGCCACACUUCCGAUUCCGCUGCCAUUUUUCUUCUCCUCCGGAAGCAGUCGGGGCUCGGCCGGGCGCUGCAAUCGGAGAAGCCAGAAGAGGAGUAGAUGCUAAGGCUGAAUCUGUACUGCAGCGGCUGCGGCUGUCUGAUUCGGAGCGGGAGAGAUGUGAGGGGUGGGUUUGGGUAUGGUUCGUCGUGGGUGAUUCGACUGCGGGGAAAUCGGAGGCUCAGUCCAGGGGUUUCGGCCAAGGCGUUGAAGGAUGAUCAGAGAGACGGCGGCGGCGGCAGAUUUCCUGGGCGGAGCUGGGACCCUGGCUUGGAAAUUGAAGUUCCGUUUGAACAACGCCCGGUGAACGAAUACUCAUCUUUAAAAGACUCGGCACUGUACUCGUGGGGGGAGCUGGGAACAGGGCCUUUCUUCCUUCGCCUUGGAGGGCUUUGGUUAGCGAGUUUCACACUCCUAGGAGUUCCCAUUGCAGCCGCAAGCUUCAAUCCUUCAAGGGAACCUCUUCGAUUUGUGCUUGCUGCUGGAAUUGGAACUCUUCUCCUCGUAUCUUUGAUUGUCUUGAGAAUAUAUCUGGGAUGGAGUUAUGUGGGAGAUAGACUGUUAUCGGCAGUCAUACCUUACGAAGAGAGUGGAUGGUAUGAUGGCCAAAUGUGGGUCAAGCCACCCGAGGUCUUGGCUCGUGAUAGAUUGUUAGGAUCUUACAAGGUUAAACCAGUGAUCAAAAUGCUCAAACAAACUCUAGUUGGAACAGGGAUUGUUCUUGUCUCAGCAGUAUUAUUGUUCAUAUUCUCUACGCCAGUGGAGGGUUUUCUACAAACCACAUUCUCCACAAGACAAAGCUCACCAUCCAACGUUAAUCAAGAUCCUAAUAUCAACAGAAAAUACAACUUAAGAAAGGAGGAGUUGCUUCGGUUGCCGGUCGAGGUCUUGGCCGAUGACGAGCUUGCAGCCGCUGCGGCCGAGGCAGCCGAUGGAAGGCCGGUGUACUGUAGAGAUCGGUUUUACCGGGCACUAGCAGGAGGACAGUACUGCAAAUGGGAGGACUUGAUCAAGUAAAUACAUACAAAGUUGGGGAAGAAAUAUUCUUAAGGUGUUCUCAAAAGAAUUGUCACUCUACAUAAUUUGUCAAUUAAUUGUAAGUCUUAAUUUUUUUUAUAAUA